AUGUCCAUCACUGUCUUUCUCCCUCUGUUGCUAGCUUUAGUUAUUGUUUCGGCUCAAGCAAGAGUCCCAAGCGACAAAUCUGGUGCAAACCAAGCAGACCCAUUCUCUACUUUUCUGGUCAAAGCCAUGGAUUUCUUAUGGAUCCCUCGUCGUUCUGGUUAUGAACACGUCUGGCCGGAAAUGAAAUUUGGAUGGCCAAUUAUUGUUGGGACGUUGAUUGGAUCCUUGGGAGGAGCAUUUGGGAGCGUCGGCGGCGUUGUCGGCGGCGGCAUAUUUGUUCCGAUGUUAAUGCUGGUCAUUGGGUUUGAUCCAAAAUCAGCAACCGCCAUUUCAAAAUGUAUGAUCACGGGGGCUGGCAUCUCCGCUGUUUACUUCAACUUGAAGCUGAGGCAUCCUACGUUUGAUAUACCCUUAAUUGACUACAAUCUUGUACUGCUUAUGUUGCCCAUAAUCAUGCUGGGGAUUAGUGUAGGAGUCUCUUUGAGUGUUGUAUUUGCGAAUUGGAUGAUCACUGUUCUUCUUAUCAUUAUCUUCAUAGGUACCUCGAUCAAGGCAUUCAAGGGUGCUGAUGCAUGGAAACAGGAAACCAGAGUAAAAAAGGUUCACAUCUGA